AUGUUGCACGCCGGCCGCUUGUCCGAGAGCCCUCGCCUCGUCGGCCAGAGAAGCAGCAUCUCUCCUAGCGCAGGAGAUAAAUACCGGGGGAGAUCGCCGGAGCCUGAGCCCAAGAAGAUCAAGAGAGAGGAGGGACAUGAUAGAGAUGGGGGGAAGAGCGAUCAUCAUGUGGUAGUGGACGAUUCUCAGGACUCGGUGAGCCCGGCCGUCAACGGAACCACGUCGCCCCGGGAAAACGGCGUCGCAAAGAAGACCCCGCCCCUCGGCUCCGUCAGUCCGCGGAGCUCCGGCAGCUCGUCGUCGACGCCGCAGGCCCGGAAGGAGGAGAAGCCCGCCACGCCCAACUCCAAGACGCCCACGCCCACGUCCUCAGGCGCCAGCUCAGUCAAGCCCGUGGGCAAGGCAGCCCCCCUCCCCGGGGUAGCCUCCUACCCCCCCGGCUACGCUCUACCUGAAGCCGCAGCCGCCGCCGCCGCUGCCGCCGCCGCCGCCGCCGGGUCCGCUGCGCCCUACCCAUACCCGAGGCCGCCCGCACACCCGCAAGCUGCCCCGCCCUCGUCCCUGGACAUGCACGUGCGAACGUCCUCCCUGCACGCCCUCCAGGGCGGCAAGCCGGCGUACAGCUUCCAUGUGAGCGGCGAGGGCCAGCUGGCGCCGGUGCCCUUCCCGCCCGACGCGCUGUUGGCCCCGGGCAUUCCUCGGCACGCGCGGCAGAUCAACACGCUGCACCACGGCGAGGUGGUGUGCGCCGUCACCAUCAGCAACCCCACCAAGUACGUGUACACGGGCGGCAAGGGCUGCGUCAAGGUGUGGGACAUCAGCCAGCCCGGAUCCAAGACGCCCGUGUCGCAACUCGACUGCCUACAACGUGACAGCUACAUCCGGUCGGUGAAGCUGUUGCCCGACGGCCGGACCCUCCUGGUGGGCGGCGAGGCGUCCACCCUCAGCAUCUGGGACCUGGCCACGCCCACGCCCCGGAUCAAGGCAGAGCUCACCUCCGCCGCCCCCGCGUGCUACGCCCUGGCCAUCAGCCCCGACUCCAAGGUGUGCUUCAGCUGCUGCAGCGACGGCAACAUCGCGGUGUGGGACCUGCACAACCAGACGCUGGUGCGGCAGUUCCAGGGCCACACGGACGGCGCCUCCUGCAUCGACAUCUCGCCCGACGGCACCAAGCUGUGGACGGGCGGCCUCGACAACACGGUGCGGUCGUGGGACCUGCGCGAGGGGCGCCAGCUGCAGCAGCACGACUUCACCAGCCAGAUCUUCUCGCUGGGCUUCUGCCCGACCGGCGACUGGCUGGCCGUGGGCAUGGAGAGCUCCAACGUGGAGGUGCUGCACGUGAACAAGCCCGACAAGUACCAGCUGCACCUGCACGAGUCCUGCGUGCUCUCCCUCAAGUUCGCCUCGGCCGGCAAGUGGUUCGUGUCCACGGGCAAGGACAACCUGCUCAACGCGUGGCGCACGCCCUACGGCGCAUCCAUCUUCCAGUCGAAGGAGUCCUCGUCGGUGCUGAGCUGCGACAUCUCGUCCGACGACAAGUACAUCGUGACGGGCUCGGGCGACAAGAAGGCCACCGUCUACGAGGUCAUCUACUAGACGCCGUGCCCGCCGCCGCAGCCCCGCCGGCCGCAGCCCGGGGCGAGAGGCAUCUACCUUUGCCCUGCUCAAGCGGGAGACCAGAGCUCCCCUCCCCCUCCCCCUCCGCUACCACGCCUAAGGAGAAUUCGGCCCCCUGUCCCCCCACCCGCCCCCAGCGCCCAGGUGACGUCAUCCAUGAAGUUGUCAGUCACACGGCCAUCCAAACCACCCAUCGACCUCCAAGUCACCGCCAUCGUUUCACGCCGCCAAGUUUUCUCACACUGCUCACGAUGACACUUGUGUUCUGUCAAGUUUUCUCAGGUUAUCACACAAGAAGUGGAACCCAAAGUAACUGGAACGUUUUCCCUUUUGAUUCCCCGUUUCUCGCCGCGGUGAAAUGGCCCUGUUUGUCCUGGCCUCUUCACCCUCCCCCUCUUCCUCCAGCCCCUCCUCCUCCUCCUCCUCCUCCCCGCACCCAUCACAAAAGGAGUGCCUCUGAAGGCGUCCUUCUUCUCCCCUUCGCCUUCCCUUCUCUCUCUCUCCUUCCAUUCUCUCUCCUCACCCCUCUCUCUCUCUCUCUCUCUCUCCCCUCUCUCCUCCCCCUACAAGCGUCUCUGAAGGGCCAUCCACAAUACUUUGUUGACCUCCUCGACUCCGUUCAGCUCCCGAGAUCACCAUUUUACACCCGGAAAGGAAGGAGUCUGCUCUGAGUCCUCGAGGUGCGUGAGCCUCUCGAGGGGGCGCUCGAGUCCCGGAAGAACAAAGGGAAAAUUCAACGCCAUGCAACCUGGUUAUGCUGCAACCUGCCAUUUGAAGAAAAAUGAUAAUAGUGAGGAACAGUCUUUUGUGAAUGUUAGUGCAAUUGCAUCUCUUUUACUGGACACUUUUGGUGCAGUGUUUAAGUCAGUAGAAUACUAAUACUCGAUGAGUGCGAACUGAACAGACAUAGUGUAGCAGAGAAAAAAACAAAACAAACAAACAGACAUGAAAGAGCGAAGGAAAAGGAAACGAAAUUAAGGAAAGAUAAAAUAUGCAAACGCAAAAAAAAAAAAGAGACAGAAAAUAGGAGAGAGAGGUUUCGUGAAGUGAGGGUGACGAAAAGGAAGGCAUAUCAGCUUGUGGAUCGGCGAGGGAACGAGUUUCGUGGCCCAGGGUUUCGCUCACAGGACGCGGCAUCUUGAAAGGGAAAAAAAAAGAUAGAAAAAAAAAGUACGGACACACGGACACGAAGAGGAUCCCCGCAAGGACACUGAAUGAGGAGGGACACAAGACGUAGGAUGUAGUGUGCCAUACUGAUGAGACCGAUUUUUUUUUCCUUUUUUUUCCUUUUUUUUUAGGGGGCGCAGUUGUUUUAAUCAGGUUGAGACACCGCGGGUGACUCAUCCGGAGAAGCGAUUAUGUGCAGUGCGCGCGAGCCUGUGGCAAGCUCUUAAGUGGGGCUAUAAAAGUAAAUUGUGAAGGAAGUGACUGCCAAGUGAAGGAAAAAAAGAGAAAGAAAGAAAGGAAAAAAAAAGGAAGAACGAGGCGAAACGAAACGAGAAGAUAAGAAGAGGAGGGAUUUUGUUUGUUUUUUCCCUCUCUCUCUCUCUCUCUAUCUCCCUCUUUCUUUCUCAAAUACGUAAGGGAUUCCCGGUGAAGCGGAGAGAAGAAUGUAAGCUCGGAGUGACAGAUAGGAAAAUAGAAGAGAAAAAGAAAGAAAGAAAGAAAAACGUAAAGAAAAAAAAAACAGGAGGCAAGAAUUCGAAGAAGGUAGUCACAAAGGCGAGAGAAUUUCUUCAGCUCUCACGAACGACCAGACGAAGGAGGUGUGUGAAGGAGAGAAAAAGAAGGAAGAGGGGGAAAGAGAAAUAGAAAAAAAAAGAAUACGAAGGAAAUAUUGGUGUUGAUCAAAGUGCUUGAAAAAGAGGAAAAGGAAAGGAAUAUGCGUAUGGUUUCAGGCUGUGCUGUGUUUGUGACCCUUUUUUUUCGUUCAAAAGGUGCGAAGGGACACCAAGGAAGAGAGGAAAAUGGUUAAAUGGAAUUAAUGAUUUUCAAAGACAGGACUUUGGCACGGAAUGGAAAAAAAAAUAAUGAUGAAAUUUUAAAAAAAGGAAUAGUGUUGGUAAUGGCUUUUUUUUUUUGGAAAUGAUGUUAAAAAGAUAAGGAAAAAGAACCACGGGAAUGGAAGGAAAAUAUAUAUGAAAGACGAUGACAGUUUGUUUUGGCAAUUUUUGAAGUGAAUUGAAGAAAAAAAACGAGGAAUAGCGAACGAGGAAAGAUAUGCUCUCUCUUUUAGAUGGCAAUGUAUAUAUGUGAUUUCUCUUGUCUGAGUUUCUUUCCUUUUUUGUGAAGAAGAAGAAAAAAACUGUAUGUAUAUGUGUGUGCACAAUUUGGGAAAUGUCUUGAGAAGAAAAGAAAAAGAAAAAAAAAAAAAACAUAAUUUUAUUGCUGAACAUUCGAGACAAGUGAGGUGUGCAUUCUACACGUAAAAAAAUAACUAAUUAAGAAAUAUAUAUAUGAUUAUUAUUUUAGAAAGAAUAAUCAGACAAGUUCAUGAUCGCAGUGAAGACAUUUAAUUAAAUAAUAAUAGAUUUAUAACGAGUGUUUAAUAUCAGUCUAGAUUACAGUAGUUGGACCGUCAGACAUGUUUGUAUCGUUUUAAUCUAGUGCAAAAAUAAUUAUUAUCCUGGGUUUUAUUGUGGACUGAAGCAUUGAAGGACUUCAGAACUCGUUGAUGUAUAAAAACGAAAAAAAAAAAUUAUAAAGAUUUUUUUUUUUUUCUAAUAUUCUUUUUUUUUCUCUCUGGAAAAAAAACUAUUAUUUAUAAUCGUUUGAUAAAGCAAAUGUUAUAUGUGGGAACACAUCGUGUUGGUGUAAUAUUAACGAAAAUUUGAAUAAUUAAAUAAAAAAAAAAGUAUCGUUGACGAUUGCUUUGUUGCGACUGUGAUAAAAGUUUAUAUUGUAGUGACUCUUGCGUAAUCGGCCCGGCUGAACACGAGGGGGGUGGGGGAGGGGAGGGGGAGGGGCAGGGGGAAGGGGAGGUCGACCUGUGCAACAUCUUGUACAUUUCCUGGGUACUUACUCAUGCUUGAAGGCACGCUGCUUUUUUCCCCACUUUUGUUAUUUUGAAUUUUGGGAAGCGCGCAUUCUCUUGUUAAAAAAAAACAAA